AAGGUUGUCCGUGGCAAGAAAAUUGUGUAAAACUCAACCUCAACUAAUACAAAAUGCUAUGAAAUUCAAUUUGAAAUGCUUGAAAUAAUAUAACACAACAGCAGACAGAGUCUGUUCAAAGGAAACCAGAAAGUUUUACGUUUUGUGAAAAUUUUCGCUGUUAUACAUAAGAAAACGUUAUACAUACAUCUCGACAUAGUAUAUAUGCAUAUAUAUGUAUAUCUAUUGACUAUUUAGAGCUGCUACCAAAAGUUUUUGAAUAUAAAACGCGAAUGUGCGCUUUUGGUUAUUUAUUGUUUUUCGCUUUAUUGCUGACAACAAUUUUGGUGCUUUCGAUAAUACUUGCGACCUCCUCGAAGAGAUCCAUGAUGGAUAGUCUAAUACUAGUUUUCAAUUACACUCAGAAUGUGCAGCAGCUGCAGCAGCAACAACACGACGAAUUUCUACAGCAUCAGCAACAACAACAAGAACAACUCCAACAACAACAGCCACAGCAUCUAUAUAAGCCAAAAUUAUUUUGAGUUCUUGAUGUUUUAUUGUGUUUGACCCGCCCAUCAAUUGGACUUCACUGUGCGCGAGUGAAAGAAUUUCCGUUUGGACGUCAAAAAAACUGUGUGCGGCUUUAAAAAUUGAAUAUGCUGGCAAAAAA